CCUUAUGUGACAAAGGAAAACAUUUUUCUCACUCGAAUGCAAAACAUCGCUAUAAUAAGAAAUCCACGUAAACAAUACCAUGGCUUCUACUACAGAUGUUGAGGUUCGCGACAGUGUCAAGGAAUAUUACGGAAAGAGACUUCAGACUGUGGAUGAUCUUCAGACUCAGGCUUGUGUGGCUCCAGGAAGAAAGGUCACUAGGCCUGUCAAAGAGGCCAUAGAACUUGUUCAUGAAGUUAUUGCUUCAAAGUACUAUGGAUGUGGAAUGGUCAUCCCAGAGAAACUUAAAGGGAUGAAGAUUUUGGACCUCGGUUGUGGAAGUGGACGUGAUUGCUUCGCUCUCAGCAAAUUGGUUGGCCCAACAGGUCAUGUGACUGGCAUAGAUAUGACUGAUGAACAGAUUGAUGUGGCCCGCGAGUAUAUUGGCUACCACACCAACAAGUUUGGAUACACAAAACCAAACAUUGACUUUGUGAAGGGUUAUAUAGAGAAACUCACAGAAGCAGGACUGCCAUCAAACAACUAUGACAUCAUCGUAUCCAACUGUGUGAUAAACUUGUGUCCAGAUAAGAAAGCUGUUCUAAGGGAAUCCUACAACGUCCUCAAGGAAGGUGGUGAGCUUUUCUUCAGCGACAUAUAUGCUGAUCGAACUGUCGAUGAAUCUAUACGCAAAAAUAAAAUAUUAUGGGGGGAGGGCUGCGCUGGAGCUCUAUGGUGGAAUGAACUCCAUACCCUGGCUAGUGAAAUAGGCUUCAGUAAGCCCUAUAUGGUUAUUGCUAAUCCAAUCCCUGUGGACCGGGAGGACUUCAAGGCACUUUUAGGGGAUGUUAAAUAUGCAUCGGUGACCUAUCGCUUGUUUAAACUGCCGGCCAAAAAGUGUGAAGCUUCCCAGGUGACAUAUAAUGGAAAUAUACCUGGGUAUGAGGAGGAGUUCAACUUUGACCACAAAACUAAACUUAAGACCAAAGUUAUCAACUCCGUAGACGGUACCAUAGCAACAGUCUUUCGAUCAUCCAGGUUCAGUGGGGAGUUUGACAUUCAACCACAUCGCAAAGAAUCUGACUGCUAUGUAGAUUCCAAGUCUGAAGAUCCAUUCGUACACCUGGAAGAAAGGAACAAGAAAGAGGUCGUCGCAACAGACCAGUGUUGUAACAAUAACACAGGUUGUUAAGGACGGGUGCUACAGACAUCAAUGUUUGAAUGAACAUUUUCUGAAAUUCGCACACAUGUAUAUGUAUGCUGUAAACAUUCACAUCAGCAACACAUGCUAAUGCUGUAUUUUAAAUAAUCACUGUUGAAAAUCACUGUUACUGUAAUAAUCAAUAACCGUUGUAAAUAAUCAAUAACCAUUGUUAAUAACCAAUACCCAUUGUUUUUUUUUUAUAUUUGUUUUAUUUUUCCAAGGCAUAUUAUACAUAGGUACAUAUAUAUAUUUUACUUCGGAAACAUUUACAUACUUACUCACUCACUCUACAUUCUAUCUUUUUGACAUUCAAAUUAAUGUAUAUUGCAUCUAUUCACUCAAUUGUUCAGCUUUCACACUAUAUAUUCUUCCAAAACCUUUCAUAUUUAAUAUAACGUCAUAUGGUUUCACCCUCUCACCCUAACAAACAUACACACCUAACAUCAAUGGUAUAAGAUAAAAACAAACACAAAUACACGUGGACAGGAUACAAAUCAUAACAUUUAUAUUAUUUAAUCUUGAACAAAACGACAAAAAUCCAUAUAGACAUAUACAGACAUACAUAAAGAAGAGGAAAAGAAGGAGAAGGAAGAGAAGAAGGAUGAAAAGUGGAAGAAAGAAAGGAAGGAGAAGAAGAAAAGGAAGGGAGUACUUUGUAAUAUUUUAAAGUAUUUUUAUUCAAAGAUAGUACAAAAAAAAUAAAUAAAUAAAUAAAUAAAUAAAUAACAUACUUUACACAAUUUAUGCCAAAAGAGGAAAGGACUGGAUGGUAGACUUGUUACUAAAAAUGUAGAUUAACUCAAUUAUAUAUAUUUACUGCAAUUGUCAGACACUGGGAUUCCAGCAAAAGAAGAAGGUACCACAUGUAUGCGAUUAUUAAUAUUUAAUACAAAUAAAUGUGUAAUGUAUAAGUCAAUAAAACAGAUUAAAAAAGUAUUAUUCCAUAAUCUGCAAAAGUUUAUCCCAUUUUCUCCAUUCAGCCAAACAUUUGUUUUUUUCUUUUUCCCCUUUUUUAGAGCUACAAAAUUUUCUGACUUUAUAAUGAUCAUAAAUACAAUAGAGUAAAGAGUUGAUAUUUAAAGAUUUAUGCAGACAUCUGUUUCUGUAUAUGUAUUGUUUUAUAAUCAAAAUAAUUUGAUUAUCUACUUUAAAGGAUGGAUUUUUAUAAUCACCAUCAUAUUUACCAAAAAGCAUUGUUUUUUUAUUUAGUCUAAAGGGAAUAAAUAA